CUCAGAGAUGGGGUUGUGGCGCAGCUGGUAGCGCGUAUGCUUUGCAUCCCGUAGCAAACAUGCAUAAGGUCCUGGGUUCAAACCCCAGCGGCUCCAAUUCAAUAUCUGUUUUUUUGGCGUUGAGGCGUGUUAGAAGUUUGUAUUUUGCCUCUUUUUGUAUGCGCGUCCACCAGCUCGAAGUACUACUAUUAUUACUAUAAAAAUUGGAAGUGGUAGGCGGGAAGACUUUGGGAGAAAAGUUUUGACUCCUCGAAUCACGUGGGUGUCCAUGGACCCUGCGCCAGCGGCUGGUGCGCUUGUUACAAAAGUAUUUUGGCCGUAGGAGGGAACCUGCGCAAGCCCGCAUGUACAAUUGACUUUAACUUUUUUCUGCCUCUCGGGAUUCUUCUGCGUUGUAACGUGCAGAUUGCCUAAUACAAACUCGCAUAAUCCUACCGUCCAGUGCAGCAAUCAGCAAACCAUGAACGGCAGCAAACAGGGUCCCACCGUGGCCGACUUGGCUGCCAUGUCAACUGAAGAGAGAAUGGCUGGCAUGGAACAUUCAGAAGUUCGCUACUUUACAAGCUACGAUCACCAUGGAAUUCACGAGGAAAUGCUGAAAGACGAAGUCCGCACCCGAUCGUACAGAGAUGCUAUCUACCAAAAUGCGCACCUCUUUAAGGACAAGGUAGUGCUCGAUGUUGGAUGUGGCACUGGUAUCCUCAGCAUGUUCGCCGCACGUGCUGGAGCCAGACAUGUCAUCGGAGUCGACAUGUCCAGCAUCAUCAACAAGGCCAAAGAGAUCGUCGAGGUGAACGGGUUGUCAAAGAAGAUCACUCUCCUACAAGGAAAGAUGGAAGAGGUGCAGCUACCGGCGGAACACCUGUCGAAUGGCAAGGUUGAUAUCAUCAUAUCGGAGUGGAUGGGCUAUUUCCUCCUCUAUGAGAGCAUGCUUGACACUGUCCUAUACGCGCGUGACCAAUAUCUGGUGCCAGGUGGCAAGAUCUUCCCGGACAAGGCCACGAUAUACAUGGCAGGGAUUGAAGAUGGUGAAUACAAGGAUGACAAGAUCGGAUUCUGGGACAACGUGUAUGGCUUCGACUACUCCCCCAUGAAGGAGAGCGCAUUGAGCGAGCCGUUGGUGGACACCGUGGAAAUGAAGGCCCUGGUCACGGACCCUUGCCCCGUCUUCACGAUUGACCUCAACACCGUCACACCGGCCCAGUUGGCGUUUUCGGAGCAGUUCGAACUCCGCGUACAAAGGAACGACUUUAUCCACGCGCUGAUCGCGUGGUUCGACAUCGACUUCACCGCGUGCCACAAGCCGAUCCGUUUCUCGACCGGUCCUCACACGAAAUACACACACUGGAAGCAGACCGUCUUCUAUCUUCGGGAAGUCUUGACGGUCGAGGAAGGGGAAGUCGUACGUGGCUAUCUCUCGAACAAGCCGAACAGCAAGAAUAGGCGCGAUUUGGACAUCAAGAUUGACUACGAGCUGGAAACCUCGGAUCCCACACGGUUUGCUCGUGGAUCCUGCGAGUACAGAAUGUGUUGAUCCACGGUUUACCUUGACGGCAAUCUUUUAUUUUUGCGUUCGAUUGGGGGUUUCAUUGCAGCUGUUGUUUCGCAUAGCAUCAGGCCAGUUCCUAUGUUCUCAGGUUUUCGAUCGCUCGCGCCAUACGGUGCAACGUGAACAAUAGAAGCCGGGCAACCGGGCUAGGAGGGUUGGGCUUCCAUAAUGACCGAAAUGAUCCCCCAGCACCAUUUCAGGCGCCUCGUUAUAUACCUUAGAUACCCCACGAGUUGACGCUGAAUUUGAUAAUGGACUCAUGAUGGACACACCAGA